CCGCCCGACCGCAAGAUGCUGGGACACGCCUACUGGACUUACAUGCACACCGUCUCCGUCUACCUGCCUGAACGGCCCACCCCCCACCAGCUCGCCGCCUUCCGCGCCAUCUUCGAUGCCAUCUACCAUAUCUUCCCCUGCCCUGUCUGCCGAGGUUGGAUCUCCUCCUCCUGCCCCUCUCCCCCCCCC